UCUCUCCUCACUCUUCACCUCUCCCCAGGUCGCCUUCUUAGAGGACUCCGCCGACGGAGAUGCUGCGGACCCCGCGGCCAGGGUCUGUUCCCCGGAGAACCCUCCGUCCACCUUUGCCCCCUCCCCGGGGGCGUGGGACGCAAGUUUCCGCUCCGUCCUUUCCCCAGUGACAGGACUUGGCUGCGGCCACGGCCAGGGAGGCGGGGGGAGGGUCUGCCUGGCUCCCGAGCCCCCUCCUCUGAUCGCGAGCUCUGCGCGGUCUGUGUCUCUCUCGGCAAGUGCGGAGACGCGGAGCAGGAGGAGGAGGUGGAGGAGGGAGUUGGGGGAGGAUCUCCAUUGAAAUAAACAACCAGGCAGCAGUUAUUAACACGGGAACAUGGCGGCCGCAGCCUCAGCCACAGCUUCGGCGGCGAAGGUCAGCGCCGACGGCAGCCGGCACCUGACGGCGUGACCGACCCGAGCCGAACCUGCUUGGCAUUUGUUUCCUGUCUUAUGUAUAGAAGGCACAAACUGUAUGAUUUCUCUUGGAUUUGGCUACAAAUUUAUAGAUCUUCUGCACUGUGUACAGGCACAGUUGCUGAUAUGUGUUCAAGAUGAGUGGGAUGGGAGAAAAUACCUCUGACCCAUCCAGGGCAGAGACAAGAAAGCGUAAGGAAUGUCCUGACCAGCUUGGACCCAGCCCCAAGAGGAGCACUGAGAAACGUAAUCGUGAACAGGAAAAUAAAUAUAUUGAAGAACUUGCGGAGCUGAUUUUUGCUAACUUUAACGAUAUAGACAACUUUAACUUCAAACCUGACAAAUGUGCAAUCUUAAAAGAAACUGUGAAGCAAAUUCGUCAGAUCAAAGAACAAGAGAAAGCAGCAGCCACCAACGUAGAUGAAGUGCAGAAGUCAGACGUGUCAUCUACCGGGCAGGGUGUCAUCGACAAGGAUGCACUAGGGCCUAUGAUGCUUGAGGCCCUUGAUGGGUUCUUCUUUGUAGUGAACCUGGAAGGCAACGUUGUGUUUGUUUCAGAGAAUGUGACACAGUACCUAAGGUAUAACCAGGAAGAGCUGAUGAACAAAAGCGUAUAUAGCAUCCUGCAUGUUGGGGACCACACAGAAUUCGUCAAAAACCUGCUGCCAAAGUCCAUAGUGAACGGAGGAGCUUGGUCUGGCGAACCUGCCAGGCGGAACAGCCAUACUUUCAAUUGUCGGAUGCUGGUAAAACCUUUACCUGAUUCAGAAGAGGAAGGUCAUGAAAACCAGGAAGCACAUCAGAAAUACGAAACUAUGCAGUGCUUUGCUGUCUCUCAACCAAAGUCCAUCAAAGAAGAAGGAGAAGAUUUGCAGUCCUGCUUGAUUUGUGUGGCUAGAAGAGUCCCCAUGAAGGAGAGACCAGUUCUUCCCUCAUCAGAAAGUUUCACUACUCGCCAAGAUCUCCAAGGCAAGAUCACAUCCCUGGACACUAGCACCAUGCGGGCAGCCAUGAAGCCGGGCUGGGAGGACCUGGUGAGGAGGUGCAUCCAGAAGUUCCACGCGCAACACGAAGGGGAGUCUGUGUCGUAUGCUAAGAGGCAUCACCACGAAGUGCUGAGGCAGGGAUUGGCAUUCAGUCAGAUCUAUCGUUUUUCCUUGUCCGACGGCACUCUCGUGGCUGCACAAACGAAGAGCAAGCUCAUCCGUUCUCAGACUACUAACGAACCUCAGCUUGUGAUAUCUUUGCAUAUGCUGCACAGAGAGCAGAAUGUGUGUGUAAUGAAUCCGGAUCUGACUGGACAAGCGAUGGGGAAGCCAUUGAACCCAAUUAGCUCUAGCAGCCCUGCCCAUCAGGCCAUGUGCAGUGGGAACCCAGGUCAGGACAUGACCCUAAGUAGCAAUAUAAAUUUCCCCAUGAACGGCCCAAAGGAACAAAUGGGCAUGCCCAUGGGCAGGUUUGGUGGUUCCGGGGGAAUGAACCACGUGUCGAGCAUGCAGGCAGCCACUCCUCAGGGUAGUAACUAUGCACUCAAAAUGAACAGCCCCUCACAAAGCAGCCCAGGCCUGAAUCCAGGACAGCCCAGCUCCAUGCUCUCACCGAGGCAUCGCAUGAGCCCUGGGGUGGCCGGAAGCCCUCGAAUCCCCCCCAGUCAGUUUUCCCCCGCAGGAAGCUUGCAUUCCCCCGUGGGAGUUUGCAGCAGCACAGGAAAUAGCCAUAGCUACACCAACAGUUCCCUCAACGCGCUGCAGGCCCUCAGCGAGGGGCACGGGGUCUCGCUGGGGUCGUCACUGGCUUCACCGGACCUCAAAAUGGGCAACUUGCAAAACUCCCCGGUGCAUAUGAACCCCCCCCCGCUCAGCAAGAUGGGAAGCUUAGACUCCAAAGACUGUUUCGGACUUUACGGGGAGCCCUCAGAAGGUCCAGCCGGGCCAGCAGAGAGCAGCUGCCACCCGGGGCAGCAGAAGGAAGCCAGCGAGGCCGGCCUGCCCCAGGCCGGGAGCGGCGAGAGGCCUGACGGGCAGGGCAGACUGCACGAGGGCAAGGGGCAGACCAAACUCCUGCAGCUGCUAACCACCAAAUCCGACCAGAUGGAGCCCUCGCCCUUGCCUGGCGCUCUGUCGGACACCAACAAGGACUCCACAGGCAGCUUGCCUGGCUCUGGGUCGACGCACGGAACCUCGCUCAAGGAGAAGCAUAAGAUUUUGCACAGACUCCUGCAGGACAGCAGUUCCCCCGUGGACUUGGCGAAGCUGACAGCGGAAGCCACGGGCAAAGAGCUGAACCAGGAGGCCAGCAGCACAGCUCCUGGGUCCGAGGUGACUAUUAAGCAGGAGCCAGUGAGCCCCAAGAAGAAAGAGAAUGCACUACUUCGCUACCUGCUCGAUAAAGAUGAUACUAAAGAUAUCGGUUUACCAGAAAUCACCCCCAAACUGGAGCGACUGGACAGUAAGACAGACCCUGCCAGUAACACGAAAUUAAUCACUAUGAAAACUGAAAAGGAGGAGAUGAGCUUUGAGCCCAGUGACCAGCCUGGCAGUGAGCUGGACAACUUGGAGGAGAUUUUGGAUGAUUUGCAGAAUAGUCAGUUACCACAGCUUUUCCCAGACACGAGGCCAGGCGCCCCUGCUGGAUCAGUUGACAAGCAAGCCAUCAUCAAUGACCUCAUGCAACUCACAGCCGAGAGCAGCCCUGUUACACCUGUUGGAGGCCAGAAAACAGCAUUGCGAAUUUCACAGAGCACUUUUAAUAACCCACGACCAGGGCAACUGGGCAGGUUAUUGCCAAACCAGAAUUUACCACUUGACAUCACAUUGCAAAGCCCAACUGGUGCUGGACCUUUCCCACCAAUCAGAAACAAUAGUCCCUACUCAGUGAUACCUCAGCCAGGAAUGAUGGGUAAUCAAGGGAUGAUAGGAAGCCAAGGAAAUUUAGGGAGCAGUAGCACAGGCAUGGUUGGUAGUAACGCCGCCCGGCCCAGCCUGCCACCUGGGGAAUGGGCACCUCAGAGUUCCGCUGUGAGAGUCACCUGUGCUGCUACCACCAGUGCCAUGAACCGGCCGAUCCAAGGGGGUAUGAUUCGGAACCCAACAGCCAGCCUCCCCGUGAGACCCGGCAGCCAGCCUGGCCAGAGACAGAUGCUUCAGCCUCAGGUCAUGAAUAUAGGGCCAUCGGAAUUAGAGAUGAACAUAGGGGGACCUCAGUACAGCCAACAACAAGCGCCUCCAAAUCAGACUGCCCCCUGGCCCGAGAGCAUCCUGCCGAUAGAACAGGCACCGUUUGCCAGCCAGAACAGGCAGCCGUUUGGCAACUCUCCAGAUGACUUGCUGUGUCCACACCCUGCGGCGGAGUCUCCAAGUGACGAAGGCGCUCUCCUGGACCAGCUGUACUUGGCCUUGCGGAACUUCGAUGGCCUGGAGGAGAUCGACAGAGCUCUGGGGAUACCCGAGCUGGUCAGCCAGAGCCAAGCGGUGGAUCCAGAGCAGUUCCCAAGUCAGGAUUCCAACAUCCUGCUGGAGCAGAAGGCGCCCGUGUUCCCACAGCAGUAUGCAUCUCAGGCACAAAUGGCCCAAGGCAGCUACACUGCCAUGCAGGACCCAAGCUUCCACACCAUGGGGCAGCGGCCGAGCUACGCCACGCUCCGUGUGCAGCCCAGACCUGGCCUCAGGCCCACGGGCCUGGCGCAGACCCAGCCCAACCAGCUGAGGCUUCAGCUGCAGCAUCGCCUCCAAGCACAGCAGAAUCGCCAGCCACUCAUGAAUCAAAUCAGCAAUGUUUCAAACGUGAACCUGACUCUGAGGCCUGGAGUACCCACACAGGCACCUAUUAAUGCACAGAUGCUGGCCCAGAGACAGAGGGAAAUCCUGAACCAGCAUCUUCGACAGAGACAAAUGCAUCAGCAACAGCAAGUUCAGCAGCGCACUCUGAUGAUGAGAGGACAGGGGCUGAACAUGACGCCCAGCGUGGCGGCUCCUAGCGGUGUGCCGGCAACUAUGAGCAGCCCCCGGGUCCCCCAGGCAAAUGCACAGCAGUUUCCCUUCCCUCCGAACUACGGAAUAAGUCAGCAGCCUGAUCCAGGCUUUGCUGGGGCCACCGCGCCCCAAAGCCCUCUGAUGUCGCCCCGGCUGGCGCACACGCAGAGCCCCAUGCUGCAGCAGUCCCAGGCAAACCCAGCCUACCAGGCCUCCUCGGACAUGAACGGGUGGGCGCAGGGGAGCAUGGGUGCAAACAGCAUGUUUUCGCAGCAGUCCCCUCCACACUUCGGACAGCAAGCAAACACCAGCAUGUACAAUAACAAUAUGAACAUCAGUGUAUCCAUGGCGACCAACACAGGUGGGAUGGGCAACAUGAACCAGAUGACCGGACAGAUCAGCAUGACCUCAGUGACCUCCGUGCCUACGUCGGGGCUGUCCUCCAUGGGUCCCGAGCAGGUUAAUGAUCCUGCUCUCAGAGGAGGCAGCCUUUUCCCAAGCCAGCUGCCUGGAAUGGAUAUGAUUAAGCAGGAGGGAGACGCACCACGGAAAUACUGCUGACACUGAAGGCAGCUGGUUGCUGCUUUCCUCAGCUGACUGGGCUCUCACUUGCUCGAGAUGCUGGCCAGUCUGGAGAGCUGCGUCUACUUGUUUUGACCCAACCGACCUGCCAUCCAGUCCCGCCAGAGCAAGACGGGCAGCCGGGCCUGGGCCCCGCCCCCCGGCGGAGUCCCCUCGGCUGCUGCAGGAGGAGCUGCCCGACGGUCUGCAGCUCGCGUCCGGACAAUUGUCAGUCUGUUCACUGCAUUCACCUUAGUGCAACUUAGAUCUCUCCUGCAAAGUAAAUGUUGACAGGCAGACUUCAUACCCGUGUCAGAUUGAAUGUAUCUAAAUGUAUGUAUUUAAGGACGACACCCAUGCUCUUGUUCUGUUCCUGUCUGGUUCCAGACACUGGUUUCUUGCUUUGUUUUCCCUGGCUAACCAGUCCAGUCCAAAAGAGUAAGAUUUCUUCUGGGGGAAAGAAAAGAAUUUAAAACAAAAAAAAUCAAACUACAGAUGUUUUAAGCUAAGCCUUCAUUUGGGAUAAAAGCAGGGGAGACACCGUGGACCGCGCCCUAUGUACAGAGACGCCCAAGAAGCGAAGACCAAGAAAUCGUAGUUGUAUCUUUGUAGAAAGCUCUCAAGACCAUGUUGGAAAGCGUUUCCAGUUACUGAACAGAUGAAAAGGAGCCUGUGGGAGGGCUGUUAACAGUAACAAGUACUUUUUCUUCUUCUUUUUUUUUUUUUUCUUUCUGAUUCAAACCAAACUAGUUCACCCAGAUCGUGACUCGAGAAGAAAUAGUUUUCACUUCCAAAUUCGCUUAGACCAAUCAGACAGCCUGAACCAGCACCUCCUCUUGCAUCUGACCCCCCCUCUCCCCUCCCCUCCGCCUUCCCCACUUCUCCCCACUCUCAUGCUUUUUUUUUUUCUAAUAAAAGCAACAGAAACCAGGUAAGCCCUUUAUUAUUUCCUUACAUGUUUUGCCAGCCACUUACCAACUGCUAACUCUUAAAUUUCAGAAAAAGGCAUUUUCUGGCCAGGAGAGGAGCAGAGUUAGGACUUGAUACCCAUCUGACUGUGGACACCUGCUUUGAAAGUAUAUUCAUCCUCUUCCCCAGCAACACUGGUCCACCAAACAGGAGAAAAUAAUAGUGUGCUUAAAAUUGACAGCAGACAUCACGACAGAUUGCACCUCCACCGUGUGUUUUUUAUUUUGUUUUUUAGCAGUGCUGACUAAGCCGAAGUUUUGUAAGGUACAUAAAAUCCAAUUUAUAUGUAAACAAGCAAUAAUUUAAGUUGAGAACUUAAGUGUUUUAAUUGUAUAAUUUUUGUGAGGUAUACAUAUUGUGGAAUUGACUCCAAAAUGAGGUACUUCAGUAUUAAAAUUAGAUAUCUUCAUAGCAAUGUCUCCUAAAGGUGUUUUGUAAAGGCUGUCACAGCCUCGAUUAGACCUAAUUUGUAGACUUAAGACUUUUUAUUUUCUAAACCUUGUGAUUCUGCUCAUAAAGUCAUUUAUCUAAUCUAUAUGAUAUGCAGCCGCUGUAGAAGCCAAUUCUUGAUUUUUAUAUGUUUAUAUUCUUUCUUAAUGAACCUUAGGAAGACUACGUGUUACUAAGCAGGCCACUUUUCUGGUUGUUUUUCUUGCCCACUCUGGUAGGGGAACAAUCUUUUCUUAAUUGGCAUCAGUUUCAGACAACUGUAAUACCAAGAAACUGGUGACCUUUUUUGAGCAAUUUCUCCCCAACCCCUAAUACACAUACUUUCUUACCUAAAUUUCAGAAUGAUGUCUUUUUGAUGUCUAAAAAGCAAAGCAUUUUAUAUCUCAUUAGCCAGGCUUUUUAGGAACAGAGAGGUUUUUCCUUGAAAUUUGAUUCCUUAUUUGUGGCAGGGUGAAAAAUAUACAAGCUACCCCUAUUUAUACGUAUAUCUCUCUCUGUAUGUACAGAUUAUGGAAGUAUAGAAAGAGAUAUAGCCCAAAGAUGAAUGGUAAGUAGACAGUCUGAAAGUGUGGCUCCAUACUAAAGAAAUUUUCGGAAAAUUUGCAUUUCGCUACUUUUUUCCACUUGAGGGGGUCUCACUACAGGGAGGUGGCCGAGGAACAGCACUCCUUGGGGGCCACCAGGUCACAUGUCCCUCUUGAAAGGCUCUGCUUUUCUCAACCGAACCAUUGGGUCGCCCAACUGUGACAGAAAAACACGGGCAGAUGUUGGCCCUGAACUCCGUGUCCUCACUGGCACCACAAGGCUUAUGUCAUACACGGUGUAACGUGACCAGUUCCAAGAUGAUCUUUAGAAACGCGUGAAUCAGAACGACUUUAACUUCACACAGCACAGAAGAGAAAUGGAGUUUAAGCUGGAUUUGUUUGUUUUGAGUUUUAAGUCCCUUUUCACUAGAACACUGUCCCAAACCACCUGUGCACCUUUUCUUGUUUAUUCCUCCUCCCACUGUUCUCCUCUCAGUCCCAAUUCAGACAAAUCUGCAAACCGGUGAUACUGGUAAUUUGGAAUAAUUCAUGAUCACUACCGUUUUGAAGGAAAAGAGAUGAUCUAUUCUCUUAUGGCUCAGAUCAGGUCAUGGAUUUUACAUCUAAUUAAGAGAAGAAAAGUCAGUGAAGGAAUCCUCUGAUCACAUUGAUCAUGAUAGAAGCAAAAGCCAAAUCAGUCCCUUCAUGAUCAGUAUUUCUCAUGCUGUAUACAAUAAACUUGUUAGACUUGAGUACUUGGUUUUUGUUUAAUAGAACAAAUAAUCAGUGUUUUACUUAUAUUACUAAAUGUGAAAAACACAUAAUGUGAAAAGUAUACAUACAUUAACUUGGUUGUGAAACUCAUCUGCGUGUUCAUGUGAUGUGGUAAGUUGAAAAAGUGAAGUGAGCUGUUUUCCUGCAAUGAAUUUGUUGAACUCAAAGAUGAAAAAUGCCCCCUCCCACGUGUAUCUCUUACGGCCUGUAACAAUUGAAAGCAAUGUUUUUGCAGUUUAUAUAAUGCAGUUUUUAAUGUGUUUAAAAACGGAGUUCCUAUGGGCUUAACACAUGAAAUGGGUGGCACAGAUCCCCUUGCAGAACCCAAAGAUACACAAUCAAUUUUGAAAUGCAACUUAAGCCAUUAAUUGUUGGUGUGAAUUUAAAAUUUUCUAGUAUUUGUAUGGUAGUAUGCUGCCUAAGAGCAAAGCAUUCUCUGCACAAAAGAAAAUUACUGUAGUGGCUUCGAUUUUAAUUAGAAUUUUCUCCCUGGUGUUUCUUUAUAGACUAAAACGAAAUCUUUUAAGUUUCUUACUACAGGUAAAAGCUAUGUGCAAGAACCUCAAAAUGCUAAAAUCUAGCAUAAUGCCUUAGAUCUGUUUUUAAGUCUUGUAUAUUCCUACAUAGCUGUCCGAUGUAUUAUAUUUGUAUAGUGAACUGUGUACAAUUUUUUGAAUAAGUGCAUCAUCACUUAACCUUUAUGUUGUCGAAUGGUGAUGAUGAUACAUUUCUUCAAACAUUUAACUGUCUUUUUUUUUUUCUUACGCCAUUUGUGGGUUUUAUUUGUACAGUUCCUCAUGAAGUUGCAUCUGAGAUGUGUGUAUAUGAAAAGAUUAUACAAGGGUAAAAUUAAGCAAUAUAUUAACUAUGGUUCUUCAGGAGAAAGCUUUCAGUGUUUCAGGUUGUGAUUUAUUUUCAAAAUGGAGUUGACUCCGAACAUCACUUUGUUCACCUGCAUUGAUGUUUGUAUUUCUAGUGUGAGCAGUUUAUGCAAAAGGUAGAUAUAUUCAGAGAAAUUUUAAAUACAUUUAUGCAAGUUAAUAUUGCUUUGCUGAUGCUAUUUGCUUAUUUGAUGUUAAAUAAUGCUAUUGUAAAUAAAGAAUUCUGUUGUUAUUGCAUCAUUUAAUAAAUUUUAAUGCCUUCGGGUUUUACAUGGCUUUGGAGAUUUUCAUGUGUUUAUAUUGUAUCUUCACUCAUAACUGCAGUUAAAUAUAAAAUUAUCUGACGUGUAAUUUAAUAACUUCCAACGUUUAUACAGUAGUUGACACUGUUCCCAGCAUGUUAACAUUUAUCCUCUCAAUGACCCAUUUUCUAGAUUUUCAGUUUGAAGCCAAGAGGGGUGUGUCCUGCUUACGGUUACCUGGGAACUCCGUGGCAAACACAGGCCAAAUCUAAGUGAGUCCUAAACGAGGCUACCACCGCUCAUCCCCGCGUCUCCAAAAACAUGUACGAGAACAGUGUGGACUUCCAACUGGCUUACUGAGCUUAUACUUUAUGCAUUAGAAUAAUAAGGAUGGUUUGAAUAGAUUGGUUUGUUAAUAGUUGAUAAGCAAUGCAAGUAUAAUACUUAAAACCCAGGUCAUAAACUACAUGAAAUAUUAUAGUAAAUACAAUACU